AUGGCGGAGAUGCAGAGUUUCUUCAACCUCCACCGUGCGGCCGAUUCUGCAAAUGGGAAUGUCUUAAUCUUUACAUCAGAGGACUUGAAAACACUUACCAGCAAUUUCCACAGCAACAGCCUGAUCGGAAUCACCCAGUCCGGCAGAUUUUACAGAGGGCAGCUCCGAUCAGCUUGGUCAACGGGAACAGAAGCUCGAAACCUGACAGUGAAAAUAUGGGAUCAAAAGCCAGAAUUCGACAACGCAACAACCAAUGAGUUCUUGGUUCGAGAAGAAGUGAAGCUUUCUACGCACCCGUCUCUAAAUGGCCAUCCCAGUUUGGCGAAAUUGAUCGGUUAUUGCUGUGAAGAUGAAGUGAAGGGUGUUGUUUAUGAUCUCGAUCCAUUGGGUUCCUUGCAAAAUCUAGUGGCAAGAGGUAAUCUACAAGUUCAUGAGCCAAAAAACCAUUGUCUUAGAAGCUCUGUACCAGUUUUCUUCUUUCUUUUGGCAGAUGAUCUUAAUUGGCUCCAAAGAGUUGAAGUAAUCCUCGAACUGGCUCGGCUUUUGGACUUCAUUCACAGUCAGGAAAAGCAAAGCCUGCCCAUCAAGUUUAGAGCAUCAAAUAUACUGCUAGAUUGGGAAUGCAAGCCAAAACUAUGCGGGACAGGGGCCGACCUCAAUAACUUUGCACAAAAUCCUUCUAGCUACUUUCAUCUGUCUACAAGAGGUGGGAGUCAGGGGAAAAUGAGCACUGAUAUCUAUUCCUUGGGGGAAAUUCUGCUGGGACUUAUAGCCAAGAGAGCUUAUGAACCUGAGAAACUAGAAAGGGAAAAUCAUCACCUGGUUGUGAACAGCUUAGUGAGCAAUUGGGCAAAAAAUGAGUACAGACCAAAUGGCUCAUUGGUCCACGAAACCUUGCAAAAAGACUGGGGUUACACCGCUGAAGAGGGAGUCGAACUCACCGAGCUAGCAAUACACAGUAUAGAAUUCUUCCCAAGAAACCGUCCGAGCAUCAAGCAAAUACUUCAACAUCUCGAAGGGCUGCAAGUUACUCAACGCCUUUCUGAUACCCGACCCAGAAAAAAGGAAAGGAAGUCCCCUAGCAGUGCCAUGGGCAUAUGAAAUCAUCAUUACUAGUAAAAGGUUAGGCAGAUAGUCAUGGAGCUAAACAGAAGUUAGCACUCUCUAGUUCUUAGCUCUUUCUUACCAAUGUAGAACAUCGUCUAACACGGGAGCUGCAAGCACAGAUCCCUCAUGAUUCAAGACCAUAAUUACAUAAUUGACACUUUCUGUUUUCAAUCUUGCACUUAAGUCACAGCUUUCCCCAUUAGCCACCUACUAACUCGAAACAAAAAUAACUAUUCUUUCCUGGAACGAUAUGUUUCAUAUUCAUCAGACGUACAUUCCAUCCCACCAUUCUGCCCAAACGUCAAAUACAAAUGACAAUAUCUAUAACAAUACGUUCGAGACAAGCCCUAAAUCUACUAUGUUCGGUCAGUAGAGACUAAUAGUCCAGCUUAAAAAGGGAACAACUAACUAAGACUAGAAGAAGAGCUUGCCAACGUCACGGUACACAUUUGCGCAGAAGAUCUCAAACAAAAGUCCAGAGAGUCAAGAAUAGCAAAACUAUACAACAUUUUUAAUCUUCUUCUAAACAGGAUACUCAAUAU